AUGAUAAAAUUAUUGCAACCAUUGGCGAUGGGUCGUUUGAUUCGUUAUUUCCGAUUCGAUAAACCGUUAUCGAUGCAAGAGGCGUAUAUGGCGCUGAUUGCGUUAUCACUCGUCAGUGUUCUUAUACCAUUGAUACAUCAUCCGUAUUUCUAUGAACUGCAGAAGAAGGGUUUGGAGUUGAAAGUGGCUGCGUGUGGAAUGAUUAUGCAAAAGGGACUUCAAUUGAGCAGUUCAGCCCUACACAAGACCACUGUUGGUCAUAUAGUAACGUUGAUGUCGACGGAUGUAGCGAAGUUCGAUAUGAUGUUUAUAUUCGUUCAUUAUUUGUGGCUAUCACCCCUGAUUCUUGUCUCAUAUACGGUUAUGUUAUGGCGUGAGAUUGGCUUCUCUUCGGUGGUUGGCUUUGGUGCACUUAUAGUAUUGGUGCCGAUUCAAGGGUAUUUCAGUCGAAUGAUGGGAAGAUGCAGGCGUGAAAUUGCAAUGAGAACUGAUAAACGUGUCAGUGUUAUGAAUGAAAUAUUGAACGGAAUUCGAGUGAUUAAGAUGUACGCAUGGGAGGAGGCAUUCGCGAAUAUUGUCGAUGAACUGCGACAGUAA